AUGCGGAACCCUUUUGACCUCGACAACGACAGCAUCGACGGCGACUCAGAAUCCGCCCAGGAUCAGGAGCACUUCGAACUCCCCGAGAGGCCCAUUGAAACAGAUGACGGAGACCGGGCGAUCUUGCAAGAUGAGGACAAACAUGCGGAGGACCUGAAGGAGCGUUUUAUUGGCACCAUUGAUCAGGGUACCACCAGUACCCGUUUCAUCAUCUUUGACUGCACAGGCGUUCCUAUCGCCAAAUACCAAACCGAGUUCCGUCAACUUCACGAACAUCCAGGAUGGCACGAACAAGACCCCUACGAAUUGGUAGAGUCUGUCUUUAUUUGCAUUGAAGAGGCGAUGAAAUCAUUCCUUGCACUGGGUCACUCCAGGUCGGACAUCGAGGCGGUCGGAAUCACCAGUCAACGAGAAACCGCCCUAGUUUGGGACUGGGAGACCGGUGAGCCCUUGCACAACGCUAUUACUUGGACCGAUACCCGGACUGUCAACUUGGUCCGUGAGCUCAAGGAAAAGCCCGGUGCCGACGAACUGGUCAAUAUUUGCGGUCUACCCCUCUCCACAUACCCCUCAUCUGUCACGUUGCGAUGGAUGCUGGACAACCUACCCGACGUUCGCUCCGCUUAUGACGAGGGCCGUGCUGCCUUCGGUACCGUCGACAGCUGGCUGAUCUACAACCUCAAUGGAGGUCCCCAAAACAAGCGUUUGGUCACCGAUGUGACCAACGCCUCGCGUACCAUGUUUAUGAACCUGGAAACCCUUCAAUAUGACGAUCGGCUUUUGAAGUUCUUUGAUAUUGAUCCCAAGAAAAUCCGUCUCCCAGAGAUUUUCCCCUCGGCCGAUCGCGAGGGCUUCGGAGAGAUCUGUGAAGGUCCUUUGGAAGGUGUCCCCAUCACCAGCUGUCUGGGUGACCAGGCUGCGGCCUUGGUCGGUCACUGUGCCUUUACUCCCGGAUCUGCCAAGAACACAUAUGGUACCGGAUGUUUCCUUCUCUAUAAUGUGGGUGAAAAGCCCGUCAUCUCGAAACACGGCCUGCUUGGCACGGUCGGUUUCCAAUUGGGCCGGGAUCGCAAGGCCGUUUAUGCAUUGGAGGGUAGUGUGGCGGUGGCUGGCAGUGGUGUGUCAUUCCUCAUGAAUAAUAUGGGCUUCUUCCGUGAUUCUCGCAAGGUCAGCGAUCUGGCUGCGACUGUGCCGGACAGUGGAGGCUGCGUCUUCGUUACUGCAUUCAGUGGUCUCUUUGCACCUUACUGGAUCGAUGACGCCAAGGGAACUAUUUGGGGUAUCACUCACCACACACAGCGAGGGCAUAUCGCUCGCGCAACUAUGGAGGCUGCAUGCUUCCAAACCAAGGCCAUUCUGGAUGCCAUGGAGAUGGACAGUGGCAAGAAAUUAACAGAAUUGGCCGUGGAUGGUGGUAUGAGUAACUCCGAUAUUUGCAUGCAGACCCAAGCCGAUAUCAUCCAAAUCCCUGUCGAGCGACCCGCAAUGCACGAAACUACCGCUCUCGGUGCCGCGAUCGCUGCUGCCUUCGCCAUCGAUGUCUGGAAGGACUUUUCCGAUCUCAAGCACAUGAACCGCGCCAACCGUGCUACCUUCGAACCCUCCAUUACACCCAAAGCCAGUUCAAAGAUGUACAAAUGGUGGUCCAAGGCUGUCGAGAUGUCCCGAGGCUGGAUGGAGACCACGCAGGAAUCCGACGACGAGGACGACGACGUCGAAUAA